UAACAAAUGAGUUUGCUUCAUUUCAGAGGGGAUAUAUAUAGUAACUGAUCAUGUGACCUGUCUCAAAGGCUUUUAGCUGCAGCAUUGAAGGUCUUGAAUAACUGAUGAAGAGCAUGAUGGUUUGAAAUGUCUAGUAUCAACGCAGAAGUGGAAGUCGGUCUGCUGUAUUUUCAAUUUUCCCCAUUUGUCUGGUGACAUGAUGUCUGGAAAAUAUUUGGAUGUCAGAACCUUUUCCUUCCCCUCUAAGACAUAAAAGUCUAUUUCAAUAAUUGACACAUUUAAAGUCCCUCCACUCAAGAAUGUGUGUUUCUUAUUGUUUGACCGUCACUGUGCAGAAUGUUUGUGCAGUAAUACUGGAACAAUUAGUCAAUUUAUUGUCUGAGAGAAAAUAGUUUGACAGCAAUUUUGCUUUUCAAUAAACAGUUUAUAAAGGUAUACAAAUGCUAAAAGUUAAUGUGGUCAUUUUUAAUACAUUUUAAUGACACAUAAAAACGUUUUCCUAAUGCUGGACUUAUUAUUCCUACGCUGUUGCACUGCUACAUUUACUUAAUUGAAUAUAAUUGACUUCUUACAACAACAGGGGGACAUUAAAACAAACGUUGCAUUUUUUUUUUGUUUCUUAUUUUUUAUUUUUUUAUUUUAUAAACUAUAAGUACUAGACAUCCUGAUAUACACUCCAUACCAGUUGGUGGCGAUAAAGCACCAAUUCAUUGUUUACCAACCGCGACUAAACCUCAAAAAAGAAGAAGAAGAAGAACAAACGUUGCAUCUACUCGGACAUUUUAGUCUGCGAAACCGGAAAUGCGUGCGUCGUUGUUUUUAUUCCCCCCCAACCAACAUGAAGGAAGCGAACAUGACUUUCCCGGUAAGUAUGGGGGCUCUGCUUCAGGCGGACCUCCAGGAGGACGCCCAGUACCGGGACGACGGCUUGUGUGUCGUAGGUGUUUUCGGUAAAAGCAGCACGAUGCAGCCCGGCCCGCAGAAGGAGACCAUCCUCAACAACUUGGCGGACAAACACAUCUUCUCGCUGUUCGACGACGGACCGGAGGACGGCAACAUCCGGGCUUUCUACCACCAGGAGACUCGCGUGCUGUACCUGCUUCUCUCCUCCGUGUGCGACAGCCGGCAGCUGCUGCUGGCCUGCGAGUCUCUGAGCGCCGGCGCGGCCCACUCGGAUGCGCACGACGUGUGGACGGGUCUGGACCGACAGCACUGCCUCCACCUGCUCUACCUGUUCUCCGUGUGCCACGUGCUCCUGCUCGUGCACCCGAACCAGACCUUCGACGUGACCCACGACCGUCUCUUCAGAGCGCUGGACGCCCUGCGGCAGAAGGUGCUGCCUCUGAUCCGAGCUGCCAUCAAAGACUGUCCGGUGUCCAAAGAGUGGAAGGUGAACUGUCGGCCGUGUCCUCCGCGUCUGCUCUUCGUGUUCCAGAUGAACGGCUCUCUGAAGGUCUCUGCAAACGGCUCAGAGUCUGGAGGAAACCCUGACAAGCCCAAAAAGCACUCCCCCAGGAGGCGGCUGCAGCACGCGCUGGAGGACCAGAUUUACCGCAUCUUCCGUAAAAGCAGAGUCCUGACCAACCAGAGCAGCAACUGCCUGUUCACCGUGCCCGCCAACCAGGCCUUUGUGUACGUGAUCCCGGCGGCGGACGAGGACCCCGUGGGCUCCCUGCUCGGCCAGCUGCGGUCCAACUGCGCCCUGCUUGAACCGGACUCCACGCCGGUGGUGUCGGGGCCGAGGCGCUACCAGCAGAUGCGGCGGUCGGCUCGGCAGCCCGGCUGCGGCGGAGACCCGGCCAGCGUGUUGAUGGGCGGUCAGCUGGUGGACUGCAGCCUGAAGGAGUUCCUCUGGCAGCACGUCGAGCUGGUGCUGACCAAGAAAGGCUUCGACGACAGCGUCGGCCGCAACCCGCAGCCGUCGCACUUUGAGCUGCCGACCUACUCCAAGUGGGUCCAGGUGGCCUCGAAGCUCCACCAAGUCCUAGUCGGCGACGCGGAGGAAGAAAUAGUGGAGCUGGCCUCCAAGGUGCAAGGCCAGCUGAAGGUGUUGGAGGGUUUUCUGGACGCUGACACAAAGUUCUCUGAGAACAGGUGUCAGAAAGCUCUGCCGCUGGCUCACAGCGCUUACCAGUCCAACCUCCCCCACAACUACACCACCACGGUGCACAAGAACCAGCUGGCGCAGGCUCUGCGGGUGUACAGCCAGCACGCCCGUGGCGUGGCCUUCCAGCGCUACGCUCUGCAGCUGCACGAGGACUGCUACAAGUUCUGGAGCAACGGCCACCAGCUGUGUGAGGAGCGCAGCCUGACCGACCAACACUGCGUCCACAAGUUCCACCUGCUGCCUCAGCCAGGAGAGAAGACGGACAUGGAUCGCAACCCGCCCAUCCUGAACCACAACAGCAGGGGGCGCUCCACCAGCUCCUGUAACUGUGGCAGGAAACAGGCUCCACGCGAGGAUCCGUUUGACGUCCAGGCGGCUAAUUAUGACUUCUACCAGCUGCUGGAGGAGAAAUGUUGCGGGAAGCUGGAGCGGAUCGAGUUCCCCGUGUUCCAGCCCAGCACCCCCGACCCGGCCCCGGCCUGCAACCAAGCUCAGGAACCCCCGAGCGAGGCGCCGGCGUUGGCGCCAGCGUUGGCGCCGGCGUUGGCGUCGGUGUCCGGCGAGGUGGAGCAGCUGAAGGAGCCGAGCACCGCCCAGAGCCACACGCCCGCGGACACCAGCCUCAGCCUGGCUCUCAGCCUGGGCCAGUCCACCGACAGUCUGGGGCCCUACGGGGACGGAGAAGGAACUGAAACACAAGUCCAGAAGAGGCCGAGCCUCGUGGACCGGCAGCCCUCCACUGUGGAGUACCUCCCGGGAAUGAUGCACUCUGGCUGCCCCAAAGGUCUGCUCCCAAAGUUCUCCAGCUGGUCGCUGGUCAAACUGGGCCCGGCCAAGUCCUACAACUGCCACACGGGUCUGGAACAGCCGGGCUUCCUACCCGGCUCCUCCUUCCUGUUGCCGUGGGACCUGGUGAUCCGCUCUCGGUCAGAGGAGGACAACACGGGACUGACGGAGCCGUUGGACGGAGGCACCUCCUCGUGGCCGGCCCCCAACAAGACCCUGGUGGGGAAGCGGGGGAGCACCGGCGGGCUCGGCCGGAGCCGCAGGAGGGACGACGUGGCUCGCAUCUUCGUGGGGUUCGAGUACGAGGACGUCCGGGGGAGACGCUUCAUCAGCUGCGGGCCGGAUAAGAUCGUGAAGGUUCUGGGGCCGGGGGGCGCCAAAGACCCCGCCACCAGGGUGUUGAACACCGACAUGCCGCUGUACAUCCCGUCUCCCUCGCAGGGCCGCGGACUGAAGUCUCACUUCGCCCAGCUGACUCGCCUUUUUGUUGUGGUACCUGACGCCCCUCUGGAGGUGACUCUCAACCCACAGGUGCAGCCCGGUCCUCCUCCCUGCCCAGUGUUCCACCCGGAGCAGACAGAUUUGGUGUUGCCGCCUGACGGUUUUUGGGUUCUGCGGUUCCCUUAUUCCUACUCGACGGAUCGCGGCCCCUGUUACCCCCCCAAAGAGAACCAGCCCCUCAACAACCACAAGGUGCUGCGAGCCAUCCUGAAGGCCACGACCGCUAAUCCCCCGCCACCGUGAGCUCUGACAGUAUGAAGAACUUCUUAUUUAUUUAUAGGUCCUGAUACGGGAUGAGGAGGUGAACCCCAAAACCUCAUCAGACCUCACCCAGACCUCAUCAGGUUGCAUUUCCUUUAAAUGUGCUGACACAUCUUUUACAACACAAGUCAAACAAAAUCCACUUUCCUGCUCCCAGAGGAAGAAAACAUCCAAACUUUAAAGUUUACAUUUUUAGCUCAAGUUACUCUUGUUUAUUUUUUUAUUUUUCGUGUGAAAUGCACGUUAAAGCGCUUACGUCAUGGUUUUGUAUAAAGCUCUGUGUACCUGGCACACUCGGACACCAAGCCAGCGUUCUUUAGGUUCAUACACGUGGAAGAGCUCUUCAUUCUGGAGCCGAAAACCUUUUUUUCCAGUUUGGACUUGUGGCUGAAACAAACAAACCGGCUUAUUGUUGACGUACUGGAACAAAUAAAGGUCAGCAGCACAGUGUGAACUAAAGAAUUAAAGGCUGUGGACGAGUGUCUGAACUAA